AUGGCUGCUUCUUCGUCGUCUGAUUCCGGCACCAGUGGUGGCCGCGGUUGUAAUUCUGGUGUUAGUUGCUGUGGUGGAGCACGCGCCGAGAGUGGUGUCCAAGCUCGUGCGAAUGCUGCGUUAUCCAGGGAUUUGCGUAGCUUGUCGCCUCCAGUUCUUCGAGAUCUGAAGCAGUCGUUGUUUCAGCUAGCAAAUUACUACGCAGUAUCGCUUCCGAAGAUUACCAAUAGUUUUGAUGGAGGUCAAUCGAGUUCUAAGCCGCUGCUUGAUCGCAUUGGAAUCUGUUACGUCUCCCGGGAUCGUGUUUCUUGUGCCGAUGAGCUGAAGAUCGCAUAUAAUCCACAUGGAAACUUCAAUCUGCGCGAUCUUCACCAUGCUCUAAACAAUGUGCCUACCGAUGCUUUGUCGCCCCAAUCCAGUGAUUCUGGAGCUUUAUGUAGGGACCUGAAGCUGGCUGAUGUCCUGAGUGAAGAAAGUCUGUACACUUGGGGAGGCCAUGGCAAAAAUAUUGCAAGAAAAGUGAUUUCGAUAAGUUCUUCUUUUACUGGUGCCCUAAAUUCUGAAACAAUAAAAGCUCUAAUGGAUGCUUCUGACAAGAAUGUUAUAGUGGAACUUAUUUCUUUGGAGCGAACAUUAAACCACCAUGGUGGUAUUGAUCAACUUGUAAAACAGAUUGAUUCGCUUAACAACUGCUCAUUUCAGACAUUGAUUCCAGAUCUACAGGUAUUGCAUGGUCUCGUGAAAAGAUGGCUCCAAGAAUUAACAGAUGACAGAGAAGAACCAUUACAAGCUAGUUUUAUAUUCAAGACAAAUCUAAUGAGCUCAAUGAAUCAGAUAUCCUGCAACUUAUGUGCAUCUUUCAAUCCUAUGGCCGACGAGUUCUUCUUUUGUGAGACAUGCAGGUGUCAUGGCAAACCAUUGGGUCACUCAAAUAUGAAGCCAAACAAGUCUUUGUCUUGUCCAGUAACCAGUGAUGACCUUGGAGAUUUAGAUAUCGUUGAGAACUCUGUCAGGGUUGGUGAAGAGACAAUCCUCUAUAUGCCGUCUUUCCAGGGUUGUUCGAAGCUCAAGAAACUUGCAUCACCCAUUGACUUCGUUGUCAUUCAGAGGACCAACUUAGUAUCACUCUGUGAAGGGUUAUUAAUGGGCGCUACUUAUUUUGUUAUUCCAUCAACUUUUAACCAUUCGGAUGAUAACAACUCAGAGCUAAACAAUCAAGUCUUUCAAGUGGUAUGCAAUGUUCUGAAUUCCCUCGAUCAGGGUCUGGUUUGCUCAUCAAAUUGUAACAUUGAAACUGGAAUGGAAACAUCAUUCAAGUGUUAUUAUAUUCUAUUACCUACAGACAAAGGGCUGAUGCUUCUCAGGAGACUGUCAGCAUUGGAGGAGUUCAUGCCUAUCCCUGAUGUUAGCCAACUUACUAGCUGUGUGGUGGAUAAAGAGAUAAAAAACACAGUGCAAGAUUCCUUCCUACAGAUAGAAAUAAAUGACUACAAUCCCAUCCAGCACGAGAGAGGUUUCCAUAAGAAAUUGAACUUCCUCGUUAAAGAGAGCCUUCAAUUUGGGGCAUUACCUCUCAAAAGUAAAGGAAACUCGGAAUGUCAUCCAGCAGACUUUGAUACAAACAGUCCUAAGGAUGAUCAAUCCUCAGUAAUCACAGAAAACAAACUUCCACCAACUGACGUUAAACAUGAACAAGACAAAAGUGCGUCGAUCCUUUCGGAAGAAUGGGAAAAGCUAAUAGUUAACGAACUCGGUGUUAUAAUGCACUCUCCCACAUGCAAUCCCGUCUCCAAGCUGGACCACGCGGUUAUGAGCUCACCAUCACAGAAUAAUAAUAACAACAGCAGGCAGUUGGACGAGAAGACCUCGAGAAUCCUCGAGAGGCUCGAAAUCCCGAGGCAGCUGAAAAGGAAAGCAGUUUCGCCAGGCAGUCUUUCUUCUGAUGUGUGUGCACCGCACGUGACCGUCAAAGUAAAAAACGCUACAAUCCACAACAACAACAACAACGGCCACAUCCCGUGCCCGUUCCCGGGCUGCAAGGGCUGGCUCGAGGUCGGCUUGUGCCGGGCCGUCGUGGGCCCGGAAGUUCUGGUCGAGUGGGACCGGGCGGCUUGUGAGUCGAUUUUCCCGCCGUCCCAGAUAUUCUACUGUCCGUACAAGAGCUGCUCGGGAAUGCUGGUGAUGAAGGAAGGUGAUGAUGAUGAAGGUGAUAUAGAGAAAGCAGAGUGUUUGUACUGCAAUAGGUUGGUGUGCGUGAGGUGUAAGGUGAGGUGGCACUCUGGGAUUGGUUGCGACGAGUUUUCGGCUCUGGGGGAGGAUGAGAGGGAGGCGGAGGAUCUGGCGCUGCACGAGCUGGCGAAGAAGAAAGAGUGGCAGAGGUGCCCUAAAUGCAGGUUCUAUGUCGAAAAGAAGAACGGGUGCCUUCACAUGAAAUGCAGGUGA